AAUACAGGCCAAUAAAGCAUUGGCUAGAAAACUAUAUAAUGAAAAAGACUAGGAUUGCCUUUGGAAACAUUUUCUCUGGGUCUUUCGUACAAAUCUGGUAUAUUCGCAGUGCUCCGACCAGCAAUUCGCAAAGAUUCCACUACGGCCACACUGCUAGGUGGAAUGGAAAUUGUAAUAACAUUGCGAGAAUCUGUGAAAAAAGUGAGAAAAAUCGUGAAAAGUGCAGAGUCUAUCGAAAUAAAAAGAGUUCGCUCGAAGAAGUAGAGCCGAGCGACAAGUACAAUUGGUUGCGUGUGAAAUUAAUAAAGUUGUUAAUGGAAUAGUAGAAAUACAACCGCGUCCUGCACACAUACGCAGAUUUGCCAUCGUUUCAUUCGCUGCUGCUGCGCCUCCUGCACACACACGCACACAAUCACGCCUUUCGUCGUCUCUUUCGCUCUUAGUUUUUGCCCAUUGCCGUUUUAUUUUUUGUCGCAGCUGCAACGCAAAUUCGAAAAAGGAUUACAAAGGUGAUCUCGCGAGUCCUUUGGUUCGAUUUAACUCUGAUAAAUAAUCGCAAAAGAUGUGCCUAGGACGCGUCGCGUUCUAGGGAGGAAUCCUGCUUUUUAGGGCCCAGGUUUGACGGGGUCUCGAAAGGCAGUAGCAUGUUCACUCCCAUCAAAAAGAUAUUCACGUAUAUACAAAAAAAUGCCAGCGGCUCCAACAUGUUCAGCCCAUCAGCAGCAAACACGACGGCCACCCAAAGAGAGUCAACAGCAACCGACAGCUUGAAAGCCAACGAUGAAGGCGAGACGAAAAUAAGGAAAGAUGGUGCGGUUCGUGAGGAAGUUGAUCCUGAGGACCUUCAGCGGAGACUCGAGGAGGGAGAUAUGCCUGAUUUACAGCGUGAGGACGACGAUGAUGACUACGACAUUGAGCGGCAGAUCAAGACCUCGAUAAUCGAUGCCACCAAGGUGCAUGCGGCCAAGGCCAAGGCGAUGGCCUUGCUACCAUUGCCGAUGGAGCAGCUGGACGAUGAGCUGGCGGAUUUUGCGCAUGCUCCAACGGAUCCGGAUCUUGAGGAGCAGUUCCUAGAGCUAGAGAAUUUCCCCAACAAUGAGAUCAUCGUCCUGGGCGAUGCCGAUCUUAACUCCUCGAUAGCCUCCGAUGCAGUGUCUGAGGAUCCGUUGGCCAUUGACAACAUACUGGACUCGUCGUCGGUCACCACCAAUGAAGAGGUGGACACCAGUGGCGAGCUGCUCUGGCUGAAGCUAGAUAAUGAGACGGAAGUAGCUUCCAGUUCGCGAGACAAAGUGGCACCGACCAAUCAAGAGCCCCUGGGACCGACUAAGCAAGCUAAGACUAAAGAGGACGAAUUGAGAGACGGUGGCUCCGACUCUGGACUUGGCAGCGAAACGACUGCUUUGCUGAAGGCUGAUCAGACGGAAAAGGAAGCCGAACAGGAGGCACCAAAGCCGCAGCAAGAACCGAAACCCAUUAGAUCCAAUCUCAAGCGACGAUUGGAUGAUUCGGAAGCCGAUGGCAUUGAUCUGGUGCCCGACAUAUCGACUCCUCCGAUGGCCGCCCAAAAGCGGGUCAAGCGCUCCAUUAACUUUGACCAGGUGAAGGUGUACUAUUUUCCGCGACAGCAGGGAUUCGGUUGCGUGCCCACCGCUGGCGGAUGCACCCUGGGCAUGGGGGCCAGGCAUAUAGCUUUUAAAACCAUGACGCUGGCAGAACAUGCGGCGGAAUUGCGAAGGGCACAUCGCAGCCAGAACCAGGACCUGCAGCCAAGAGGAUCCAGCAGCGAUGACAGUGAGGAAUCGGAGGAGGAUUACCUAAGCGAGGGCAGUGGCUCCGAUGCGGAUGAUGGCUCCAAUGGCUUCCUUCAGCCGGUGACACCGAAACAAAGACGGGCGCUUCUGAAAGCGGCUGGAGUGCGGAAGAUAGAUGCCAGUGAGAAGAGCGAGUGCCGGGAUAUAAGGAAUUCAAGAGAGGUUUGUGGCUGCUCCUGCCGUGAGUUUUGCGACCCGGAAACGUGUGCCUGCAGCCAGGCGGGCAUUAAGUGCCAGGUGGACAGAGCCAUGUUCCCAUGCGGCUGUACUCGCGAGGCCUGCGGCAAUACCGUCGGACGGGUGGAAUUUAAUCCCACCAGGGUGCGAACUCACUACAUCCACACCGUAAUGCGGUUGGAUAUGGAGCAGCGACAGGGCUCCGUUCAAGGCGUCCAAGGGGGGCAUCUCCAACAGCAGCAGCAGCAACAAUCCCAGCAGACCAUUGGCUACUCGCCGGUGGGAACGGAAGCCUCACCCUCAUCGUACUUCCUGCAAACACAAUCCAACUACAGUUCCGGCUACGCCUCGCCAGCCUACACGCCCGAGAGCAGUGUGAGCUACUACCAACAACAGGUCCAACAGCAACAACAGCAGGUCACGGCUUCCGGCCAGCAGGCGACGCACAACCAGAGCUACGCGGGAUAUCCGCAGCUAGACAGCCUAGACUCUGGACUCUUUGCCAGUGGUAGCAAUGCCACGCCCUCGUACGGAGAACUAUAUCAAUCGCUUAGCUACGGCAGCGCCCAGCUUACUUCCUAUCCGACCGCCUAUCAACCGCAUUCACCAUCACCGGUCGUCGCCUCUUCAGCAUCAGGAGCAUCCAGCUCCUGUGCCUACAGCUCUUGUGCAGUGCCCUCGGUUCCCCCGUAUGGCAAUGCGACUACGACAGCCUCCAGCAAUGCACCAUACCAGACCACCGUCGCCUCCAUGACCGCAGCCUCUUCCACCUUGUCGUCGCGUCUCGUUGGAAACGCAGCAGCAACAGCAUCCUCGCCAGCCACCACGGCACCCUCCUCCUCGUGCACGUCCCCGGCCAAUGCCAAUGAAUUUAUUAGCUUGAGCACACCGAUCGCCAGUUCCUCGCGCCUCUCCCAGAUCAACGAUCUGCUGCAGCACAACCGCAACACCACCGCCGCCCUGGUGGCUGUUUCGGAGGGUUAUAGUGGCGCCGGAAGAGCCACCUCCUGUACAACCACAAUUGAUUCUAUAGACACACCGCCCAUUAUGGAAGAAACCCAGCGUGGAUGUAUGAAUUUCGAGGCGUUGCCCCCGCCGCUGAUUAAUCCUGCGCCCAUUGUCGCCGUCGUGGAGAGCAAACUGCCACCGAUGACAACGUUGGCCUGCCACAGCCUCCCGCUCCUGUUCCUGCUCCUCCCACUGCACCACAGCCCCGCCAGCCGCUAGACCAGCAACAUCAGUCUCUAAAUGAGUCUACUUAGAGUGGGAUCAAAGGUGUGUGUGUCGUUUGAAGGUAUCUUUGUUCAAUUCUCAGUAACCUUGUCAUAAAAACUAUUCGUGGAAUGUUGAGUAGCUUCUAGAACUAUAUUUUAAAUUGCAUGAAUUCCUUUUAUUAAGUUUAAUUUUCAA